UAUCGAUCUUGUUGCUAGAUGCCCCAAGCGGUUUCUCUAUUACACUACCCACUGCACAGUUGAUACUAGCGAUAUAGGCAAAUAACGAGCUGCGUCUUAUUUGUGAAUGAUAAUGGAAUGACUGCAUCUUUCAAAGAUGGGUAUCCGUGAAUGUCAUGUGGAACUAGGCCAACGUAAAAACUUUAGGUGAUACUAGGUGUGGAAUUCAAGAUGAUGACGGAAUUCGAACUCACUCCUCUUCGUGAUGAGGAACAGGAAGUGAUAAACUAUGGUAUAAAGGCUAAUGGCACGUCAGAGAGCAUGAACGGACAGUUGAUAUCACAAGAGGACGGAAGGAAAGUUCGGAAAGAAUUACGAUUUAUGCCAACAAGAAUUGUUAUGAAGAGGAAACAUAAAUUAUUUCGUGCCAUAGUAAUUUUCUUGGUCAUUCUGCUGGUAUUGGUCAUAUGUCUCUUGUUAGGAUUUUACCUUAAUGAAACCAAAAAAAGGAAAAACGAAGGGACAAAUUUUGUGCAAACUCAUGUUAAUAUGAAACCUGUUUUACCGAGGAGUUCCGUGUUCGUGAGGAGUUUCAGAUCUUAUCUUCAUUUGAUGGAUAGUCGCGUUUUCGAGGCGGUUUUCAGCAACGGGACAGUACUCAAGGCGUACGGAUUAAAGGGCUUAGCCUCGAAUAAUUUUGAAAUAAAUUGGUUAACUAUAAGCAAUUUUAAAAAUGAGAAGACUCGUAUUAGAUUCGGUGAUCAAAAUAAUAUGGCGUAUGUGUUGCUUAGUAACGGCGCUCAAGUAAAUUAUGAAUGGUCACGUGAUUUGACCAGCAUAGACUUUAAAAUAUAUCUGUCUUCACAGCUCACUGGUCUUGAUGCCAAAUCCUUUAUUUUUACGGUGAAAUUGUUAGAUUACGCGCCCUUGUUCCAAAUAAUUUUUAAAACACUUUGUGGAAAGGGAAAUGUUGACGAUUUUCCAAGAAAUUUAAUGAAAAAACAAUGUAUAUCUUAUUUACCGUUACGUGUGUCGAAAUGUGGUAGCAAGAACGCAUAUAACGGAGCGUUCUUGGAGGGGAAGAUUUCUCUAGGUGGAAACUCACAUUUGAUCAUUCCUGCAUUACUGUGGCCGUCACUACCAGACGACUGUUUUCAACAAAGUGCCGAUUCUGACUCGAUGUCGAAUUUUUAUAUCCCAUUGCCAAAAGGACCCAACGAUGAUUCCACAUGCAGCAUGGCUACAAAAUAUUUCAUGAAAGUAUGUUCUGUUGUUCCUAUGGAGAUAGCUUUUAAACAAGUAUGCUACAAUAUCUCUAGGCAGAUUAACGGUGUCGGUAAUCGUCAUUUUGACCAACUCGUAGACAUUUUGUUUGAAAGUUGCGUCAGCCUUUUAUCGUCGUUAGUUUUAAUGUGUUCUGCAUUACAAACUGGCCAGAAUCCAUAUAGUCAUGCGCAUUCCCCGUUCUUCCUCUUAUUGGAUCGGUCAGUUAGAAAUAGACUUUGUCCCAUGCCUCAAAUCUCUAAUCCGUUUCCAUCCGGUAGUGUGACAGUAAACGUGUUAGCCUUCUGUCCGUCAGAACCACCUAUUACGUCACCAGAUCAGUUGAUCUAUUUUAAUGGGUCGCGAUCCGUUGGUAACACUUUACAUAUCAAUUGUCGUGGUCCGCCGGAAGUGACGUUAUAUCAACUGGGCCAUAUAUAUACAGGAAAUGACAAUCAUUUAACGACGUUAAAACACAAUUUUAGAUUUUGUGCGAAAUGUGCUUAUGAAUCUGUUGUUAGUGUACGAGUCUUGGACAAUGAAGUGUGCUGUAAAAAUGUGUGUGCUAACGACAAUACGAGCGUUUGUGCCCUUGGCAGUUUAGGAUUGGAAGAAAAAUUUCAAUUCAAGACGCACGGAAAUUUGUACUGCCACAAUUUUCUAGACGAUACCAAAUCUGAAACAUCGGCAUUAGAUAUCAAAUGCACGGGAGAUUGCAUUAAUCAUUUUACCAUAGAUUUCAAAAUGACAAAUUUUCGUGAGCAGACGAUAUUUUAUCAUCAGCCAAUUAAGUGUAAGGGUUCAAGGUCACAAAUGUGUAAUUCCAAAUUUGGAACAUAGCUCAACUAUAAAGAAUUGUAUGAUU